CAUAACGACAUUCGGAUUCCCCCACAAGAGAGCAAAUAACAAAAGAGAAAAUAGAGAGGGAAAAGUUUAACAGCUUCUUAUAAAGAAGAAGAACAACACGAAAGGAUGGUUUGGAUGGUGAAUCAACAGGUAACAAGAGGAAGAAGAUGUCGAAUAUGUGGAAUUGCAUUGCUAUGUUGGCUUUUCUUUAUGAUGGUUACUCCUAAGAUCCCACUUUCUUAUAGGCACCAUCUCUUCGCUGACAUGCGCAAUUUCCUCGGAGUUCCUAACACGUUGAAUGUGAUCACCAAUUUCCCUUUUCUGAUUGUGGGUGUUCUGGGAUUUGUUCUUUCCCUGGGAGGAGGAAGCUUUUUCAACAUAAGUUUGAGAGGAGAGGUGUGGGGUUGGUUGCUAUUCUACGGAGGGAUAGCUAGUGUGGCUUUUGGUUCUGCUUAUUAUCAUCUUAAGCCUGAUGACAAUAGAGCAAUGUGGGACACCUUGCCGAUGAUGAUUGCAUAUUCCUCACUAUUCUCUAGUUUUAUUCUGGAAAGACUAGGAGAGAGGAUUGGAUUAAGUUGCCUGUUUUCACUAUUAGUUCUUGCUGUUCUAAGCACAAGUUAUGCAAGAACAUUUAAUGAUCUUCGGUUGUGCAUGACAUUCCAGUUAAUUCCAUGCAUAGCUCUUCCAAUCAUGACAUUUUUGUUCCCACCUAAAUAUACGCACUCAGGAUACUGGCUUUGGACAUCGGGGGUUUGCAUCCUAGCCAAAAUCGAAGCUCUUGCUGACAUGAAAAUAUACCGUGCAAAUAAUUAUAUUAUCAGUGGACACUCCUUGGAGCACCUAUGUUCAGCAAUUGCCCCUGUUCUGGUUACAGUUAUGCUCAUGCAUAGAAGCAGCAGAUUUCAGAGAUUAGGUGAAAUCAAAGAAUGUCCUUGACGAAGAAUCCGAAGUGGAUGAAGGCAUUCCUAGGCCAAUAUGUAGAUUGUCUGAGAAAUUUUUAUGUGAAGAAUUAUCAAAGAUGACAAAUGAUCUGAUUACCAUUUAGCAGUUGCUAGACACAUCUUAACCAAUGAAGAACUCAAUGAGAUUUCUUCUCCUAUGCUUUCCUCAUGCUGAAAGAAUGAAGAAGAGUAGCAUCUGUCAGCCAUCAUACCAUGUAACUUUGCUCAGGAUGGCUUUGUUGUCUUUUGACCGAGUUAUCACACCUUGUGAUGUUGCCCAUACCAUGUCAUUUUCCGGGUGUGAAAUUGUGGCCAUAGUGUACUGCACCAUUUUGCUGGCAUUGCGCCACCUUUUCCCCCUUUACCCCCUAAUAUGUUAUCUGUACGAGUCUUUUGUGAUAUGAAUUACACUCACCCUACUGACUGGUGAAUUUGUAACAGCCUUUGGAGCUAUCCUAGGAACUUACUAAAGAUUGUACUGACCUUCACGUAGCAGUUGUCAAAUCGAGAUUCGAACAGGGAAUCAAAAUCUUAAUUUUCUAAAUAGAGAAUAUCAGUUCGGAAAUGUUACUUUUUCCUCAA